AACUAAUGUAUCAUUAUUAGCCAACAAAAAAAAAAUGUUAAACUAAAGCUAACACAUUAAAUUAAAAAGAAAAGUUUUGUAAGAAAUUUUAGGGAAAAAAAAGAGUUUGGUAGUUUGGUUGCAGUGCAUGGGAAGCAGAGUUUGAUCUGUCUGGUGAAGAAAAGAAUGAGUGAAGGUGGUGCUGCUGCCAAUGGUUCUUCUCCAAAGCUUUAUGCUCACAAGCCCCGAAAAGCGCAACUGAAGCAAUUUCGAGGGCAACACAAACCAAAGGAGUUCUCUUCGCCACCGGUGAUGGGAACUCAAACGGCUACCCUCCCGCCGCCACCGCCACCGCCGCCCAAGGAAUCCUUUAUUCGGCGCUACAAGUUCCUUUGGCCUAUGCUAUUGGCUGUCAAUCUCGGAGUCGGAGUUUAUUUGUUUGCAAGAACAAGCACAAAGAAGAAAGAUGCUGCGGAGGAGGAAAAAGAUGCAGCAAAUCAAAUUCCAGCUAAUGGUACAACAAGUCUCGUUUCAGCUAAUGGUACAUCAACUCCCAUUUCAGUUAAAGAUGCUCUAGCUCUUCUUGCUGAAAGAUCUGUCUCCCCACCAUCUUAUGCAAAUCCCGCGAUCAAACGAGAACCAAUUCCGGAAGGCCAACAACGGGAACUCUUCAAGUGGAUAUUGGAAGAAAAGAGGAAGAUCAAACCGAAAGAUGAAGAGGAGAAAAAGAGAAUUGAAGAAGAGAAAGCUCUACUUAAAAGCCUUAUCCGGUCAAAAUCUAUCCCAAGUAUCUAAUGAUGAUGUUCUCCUAUCUUUGUCCAAAGCGAAAAAAGAAAUCAAGAAUGUUUUUGAAUUCGGAUAUACUUGAGUUGAUUCCUUCAAUGGUUCUCUUUUUUGGUUGCUUGGUUGGUUGAUGAAUUUUAGAUUGUACAUUUGUUUAGAUUGUCAUAAUUUGUCAUUUGAAAAUUUGGGUGUGGCCCAUUGUUUAUUUCUUAGUAGACAGUUAUACAAGAAAUCGAUGUCACUUGAUGUCCUAUAA